AUGACAGACACUUCAUCUAGCAUACCGAGUGCUACGAACAAUCACCAAAAUCGAAAAGUAACACAGAAACCUCCCCACUUGCCCGAUUCCAAAGGUCAUAUAAAAGAAAUGAGCCGUCUUAAGGAAUAUGAAAUAAUCCAGAAGUUGGGGCAAGGUACUUUUGGGGUCGUUCAAAAGGCGAAGAGUAACAAGACAGGAGAGCUUGUGGCCCUAAAACAGUUGAUUAAUCAUUCUGCAAAAGAAGGGUUUCCCAUAACAGCCAUGAGAGAAAUAACAAUCUUAAGACGUCUACAUCAUAAAAACGUCAUUAAUAUAGUCGAUAUGAUCUACGAAGAGCCAAAAGUGAGCAACCCAACAGAAUUGAUUACACAAAGAGGAGUUUUCUAUACAGUCAGUCCUUAUAUGUCAAGUGAUUUAGUAGGGCUCCUAGAGAAUCCAAAUGUAAACUUAGAGUUGGCCCAAAUUAAAUGCUUCAUGCAACAAUUACUUUAUGGAAUACAAUAUAUUCACGAACAAAGAUUUUUGCACCGAGAUAUAAAAGCAGCUAAUUUAUUAAUUGAUUUUAAUGGGAUAUUGAAAAUUGCUGAUUUUGGAUUAGCUAGAGUAUAUCAUGGAGAUAUCCCAAAAUUGGCACGAGGUCCAGGAGGAGGUGAACGGGCAUAUACUGGAUUAGUCGUUACAAGAUGGUACAGACCUCCUGAAUUACUCUUGGGAGAGAGAAAAUACACAACUGCGGUUGAUCUUUGGGGAAUAGGAUGUGUAUUUGCUGAGUUAUUCACCCGCAAGCCGAUUCUUGUAGGCAAGUCAGAUGCCCAUCAAGCACAGUUGGUAUUCGAAUUAGUGGGACCACCUUUGAACUGGCCUGAAGCUGCCAAAUUACCCAACAAGACCGAUUUCAAUAUCGGAUUAACAUGCAAGCGAAGUUUGGAGUCUAGGUUUGAGAAUAUAAUACCGCUAAAUGGCAUCAAACUCUUAAGUGGCUUGUUGACCUUGGAUCCUUUUAAGAGAUUCAACGCAUUGGAUGCAUUAGACCAUGAUUUCUUUAUCAAUGAACCUUUGCCAAUGAAACCUGAAGAGUUACCCAAGUUUGAAGAAUGUCAUGAAAUUGAUAAAGAGAGAUUCAAAAAAUUAAGGAAGAACGGUGCAACGACAAGUGGAUUCCACAGAGUAGACUCGCAUCCUUCGAUUGCUGAGCAUUCUACAAUACACAGAGGAGACUCACAUUCUACAAUUGCUCAACAUCCUGUAGUUUUUGAAAAAUCCAGAGCUGAAUCCGAGGAUAGAUUCGAGAGUCGUUAUGUCGGUACUACUCAGCGCAAGGUUGAUUCCUACAUCCCCAAACAGAAAAGCAGCAGUAAUUUAUCAACAACUGCCAGAAUUCGGGAAAAUGCAGACGACGAUAGACGCAAUAGAUACGUUAAUUACAGAAGCGUUACCUCCGAAAGUCCACAAAAACCAAGGAGCCCUUCAAAGGCAGACAGUACCCACUUGAAAUCUGGUGGUUCAUCUGAAUCACCUCCAAGUCCCGUAAAGGAUCUUCCAACAAAACCAAAAUUUUCAAUCUCAAAUCAAAGCACAAUAACCACGAUCCCUGAGCCAUCUUCAGCAUCCAGCACAGCAAGCUCGGAAUUACCUCCAAAACCCAGUGUGUAUGAAGAAUACCUGAAGAGGCAAACCAGUGAUAAUUUGACAAGUAAGAUUCGCGGGGUAGGAACUGUAGCCAGUAUUAGAAAUAGGGCAGCAGUAGUCCCCACAGUAAAGGUGGAUAAAGCUAAUCCGCCCUCGAAAAAGCCUAUUAAUAUAUUCAUGAGUACUCACAAGCGUCAACUUAGUGGGAAUUCCCUACCCUUACCUUCGAAGAGAAAGAAAUUUGUUGAAGAAAUGGAUCCAGAGAGUGAAUUGAGCGAAAUAGAGAAUGAUUUUACAAAUAACGAAGAAGCUUCUUUGGAAGGAUUUUUGGAUAUACCUGCAUUCAAAAAGGAUCUGGAAUAUCGAAAAGUGGCUAACGAAAAAGUAAAAUAUUUAAAAUCAGAGAAAAUAGAAAAGUAA